GCGAUGCUGAUGAAGCAGUAGAUCAUGGCGCAACGGUCGCGAGACAGACACCAUUUUUCCUACCAACAUAUUCCGAGGAGCCAGAGAGUGUGCUCCCACCAAAGGAGGCCGAGUUCUUGGGCAUCAACAAGGGGCACGACCCUGCUAGUACUACUGCCACGAAGGGCGAUCAACAUCAUUACGUAGAAGCAGGAGUAGCUGGUCCCUUGUCUCGCAAAACAAGACCAC